CAAAAUAUCUAUCUUAUUUUCUUAUCCGUUCCCCGCCUUCUUCCACUUCUCGCCUUUACUAACUUCCAUUUACGUUCUUAUAUAACUUGAAGAUUUUCCGUUCAUGGGUUCUUUAGAAAUGCUUCGCUAUGGAGAGUCUGAGUCUCAACUACACCAAAACCCCGAAACAAGUAAUACCAGAACGGGUCCUUACCAUCAACUCUCAUCUUCUUCGGUCUACCUUCAAAUGUUGGCGCUUCUCAUUCAAUACCCAUCAUCUUCACACUCUGUGCAGCAGUGGAAACCUCUCUCUCAGAAUUGGGUGUAAGCUUAAAAUUUCGAGAGAUGGUAAGAACAAAAAACCCAUUUCCAAGAAAAUUAUCCUCUCAGAGGGUGCACCGACUCUGUCAGAAGACGUAUCUGGAAAUGAAAAAAUUCCGGCAAAGUACCGGAAUUCUGGCACAAUUCCAAUGAUGGGGUUCCUUAGAAGGCUUCCGAGAAGGUUAUUAACAGUACUCUCUAAUCUGCCUUUGGCUAUUGGAGAGAUGUUCAUAAUUGCGGCUCUUAUGGCUCUCGGAACUUUCAUUGAUCAAGGUGAGGCCCCAGACUUUUACUUCCAAAAGUACCCUGAAGACAAUCCUGUCUUCGGAUUUUUCACUUGGAGAUGGGUUCUCAGCCUUGGGUUCGACCACAUGUUCUCAUCUCCUGUUUUCCUCGGAAUGCUGGCUUUGCUCGCUGCGUCGCUUAUGGCCUGCACUUACACAACACAGAUUCCCUUGGUUAAGGUUGCACGAAGAUGGUCUUUCGUGCAUUCUGCUGAGGCUAUCCUCAAACAGGAAUUUGCAGAUUCUCUGCUCCGAGCAUCUGUGCACGAUUUGGGAGUAAUUUUAAUGGGCGCUGGAUAUGAGGUAUUCUUGAAAGGACCAUCUUUAUAUGCCUUCAAGGGAUUGGCAGGUCGUUUUGCCCCAAUUGGAGUACAUUUGGCCAUGUUACUAAUAAUGUCUGGAGGGACUCUCACUGCUGCAGGGAGCUUCCGAGGAUCAGUCAAUGUUCCACAGGGACUUAACUUCGUUCUUGGAGAUGUAAUGAAGCCAACAGGGUUCCUUUCUACUCCCACACAAACUUUCAAUACUGAGGUCCAUGUCAACAGAUUUUCCAUGGACUAUUAUGAAAGCGGGGAGGUGUCACAGUUUUAUACUGAUCUUUCACUAUAUGACCUUGAUGGGAAGGAGGUGUUGAGGAAAACUAUUAGUGUGAAUGACCCAUUAAGGUAUGGAGGGAUCACUAUGUACCAGACUGAUUGGGGGUUUUCAGCACUCCAAAUACUUAAGGAUGGUGAAGGACCUUUCAAUUUGGCUAUGGCACCUCUGAAACUGAAUGGGGACAAAAAGCUUUUUGGGACCUUCCUACCGGUUGGGGGUGCAGAUUCUCCUAAUGUGCAGGGAAUAUCAAUGCUUGCUCGGGAUCUUCAGUCAAUAUUUAUAUAUGAUCAAGAGGGCAAAUUUGUUGGAGUAAGGCGCCCUGGCUCAAAGCUACCAAUUGAUAUAAAUGGUAUAAAAGUUGAAAUUGUAGAUGCCAUUGGGAGUAGUGGCCUCGAUUUGAAGACUGACCCAGGAGUGCCGAUUGUUUAUGCUGGGUUUGGCGCUUUGAUGCUUACAACUUGCAUCAGUUUCUUGUCUCAUUCACAGAUUUGGGCCUUGCAAGAUGGAACAACUGUGGUUAUUGGUGGAAAGACUAAUAGAGCAAAGGUUGAAUUUCCAGAAGAGAUGAAUCGCUUGCUUGAUAUGGUCCCAGAAAUUGUAGAAUCAUCUCUACCUAAACAAUCAGAAAGCAUUAGUCACUAGCUUCGUGGGAAGAGAAAUAGAAAGGGUUUUACGAGUGGAUAUAAACCACAAGUUUUGAACAUGGGAGCUGACCACCCCGCGUCACCUCAAAUCCAAUGCACAAUUCCAGUCCUUAAAUGAGGACCAACUCUUCUUCUCAGUUACUUCAAAUUCUAGAAUCCUUCAUCAACAAAACAAAAUCAUAGCUGUCAAUGUACAUCUUUAUGUUCCGCAUAUCUCUUUGGCCUCCUCACCAAUUGUGUAACAUGCUGUUGCCAAGAAUUGGUAUUUGGAGCUGGAAUGAAGAGCUUUCCUUUGUUCUGUCUACGUUGAUAUGCUAGCUCUCCCCUAUUGUAUCAUGGUAUUUGUUGAAUAAGAUAUGCUUCAUUUGAUUGGGUUUCAUCAGGA